UAUCGUUAGCAGUUGCUGUUGACACCACGGCUAACUUCACAACUACGGAGGACUGUAUUUAAAUGAUUUUUUUCUCUAUUUUCUGACAUUUCACUGGGAGUCAUAAAGGAAUGGAGCUACGCCAGAAUUUCUAACUGAGAUCAACCUUAGCUUGUAGCUCAUGUUAGCUACCAGACAUCAACAGGAAGUAAGAAGCUAUCUAAAUUCCAAUGUCUUGCACUUUGAACUCUCCAGGUAUGAAUUGUAGUUUAGAGAAGGUCCUGGCAGAUGCCAAAUCACUAGUGGAGAGACUUCGUAACCAUGACAACGCAGCUGAGAUGUUAAUCGAGCAGACAAGCUCUCUCAACAAGCGGGUGGAAGCCAUGAAACAGUAUCAGGAGGAGAUUGAUAAACUGAAUGAAGUUGCACGGCAUCGGCCUCGUUCCAGUCUGGUCAUGGGAAUCCAGCAGGAAAAUCGUCAGAUCCGAGAGCUCCAGCAGGAAAACAAAGAGCUCCGAACGUCAUUGGAGGAGCACCAGUCUGCGUUAGAACUCAUCAUGACCAAAUACAGGGAACAAGUCUUUAGGCUUCUUAUGGCCAGCAAGCGGGACGACCCGGCCAUCGUCACCCAGCUGAAGGAACAGCACACCACUGAAAUGCAAGCGCACAUAGACAAGAUCAAUGAGAUGGCCUCUGUCAUGCGAAAGGCAAUCGAGGUGGAUGAGGGGCGGAUAUGUGAAGAUGAGGAGAGGAUUAAACAGCUGGAGCUGGAAAACAGUGGACUCAGAGAGCUGCUGGGAAUCAGUCGCGAGGCAUUCCUCGUUCUUAAGGGAGAGGACCAAUCAGAGAGCACAUCACUGUCACCACUACUGACCAGUGCUGAUGUUAGCUUACGGAAAACCUAAAGUCCAAUCUGCCCUCCCUCCCCUUCACCCCCCACUGCUGCCACUACAGUGUACAAAGUGUACAAUCUGUUGUCACACACCAACCUCAGCUUUCAUCCCACAGACUUUUCAGACGAAUUGUCUGACAGCAUGUUGCCCUAGAGCCAAAUCCCCUCCUCACAACCUCCUCAUGUUUUUGUUUGUAUUUUGGUAAUGUUUGCUUAUUUUGCCAGUGUGCAUGAACCUGUGGUGCCUGUGUGGGUUUAAAAAAGAAUGAGUGAAAGAAGGACUUGGUUUAAAAUAAAUCUGUGAUUAUGAGGUUA